CCAAGGUCGCCCAGACGUGCCGUGAGCCAACCCACAAUUCCCGCCGCGCGCUGCUCUCCCGCCUGCAGCCGCCGCCUCAACUGCCGCCGCCCGUUACGGCUCCCGCCGCCGGGGACAUGUUGCAGAAACCGAGGAGCCGCGGCCGCCCUAGCACCCAGGCCGAGAGGGAGAGGGAGUGGGGCCGCGGCGCCGCGGAGGAGGCUCCGAGCACCUCCCGCGGGACGGGAGGCUCCCAGGCCGCCCGGGGCGCGUCGUCACAGGGCAGCCGCCGGGCCGAGGCUUCCCCUGAGGUGGGGCCCAGGUCCCAGCAGCAGCUGGAGCUGAAGGUGGCCGAGCUGGUGCAGUUCCUGCUGAUUAAAGACCAGAAGAAGAUCCCGAUCAGGCGCGCUGACAUCCUGAAGCACGUCAUCGGGGACUACAGGGACAUCUUCCCGGAUCUCCUCAAGCUGGCUGCCGAGCGCCUCGAGUACGUCUUCGGGUACAAGCUGGUGGAGCUGGAACCGAAAAGCAACGCUUACAUCCUGAUCAACACUCUGGAGCCGGUGGAGGAGGAUGCAGAGGUGAGAGGCGACCAGGGCACGACCACCACCGGCCUCCUGAUGAUCGUUCUAGGUCUCAUCUUCAUGAAGGGCAAUGCUGUCAAGGAAACGGAGGUCUGGGACUUCCUGCGUCGCUUAGGGGUGUUCCCCACAAAGAAGCACGUCGUUUUCGGGGACCCAAAGAAACUUAUUACCGAGGAAUUCGUGCGGCAGCGUUACCUGGAGUACCGACGGAUACCCCACACUGAUCCUGUAGACUACGAAUUCCAGUGGGGUCCCCGGACCAACCUGGAAACCAGCAAGAUGAAAGUUCUUAAGUUUGUGGCCAAAGUCCAUAAUCAAGACCCCAAGGACUGGCCGGCGCAGUACUGUGAGGCUUUGGCCGAUGAGGAGGCCAGGGCCAGACCCCAGACGGGUGGCCCUGCGCCCUCCUCUUGAAGCCUGCGACUGAUUCGGGCGCCAGGGGCGUUGGUGUCCAAGGCGCUGGCGAAGGGGUAGGGUGGCAGGGAGCCCCGUUCCGUAACGCUUACACGUGUGUGGCUUUAGGGUGUGUUUGCAAACUUCUGUUCUCUUUUAAUAUUGUAAGUUAUUUGAUUCCAACUUCUCUCUCACUUAUAAAAAAAUAUUAGGAGAAGAUCUUUAUUUUAACGUGUGUUAUUGUCUGUAUAUUUUGGCAUAAAAAGUUUUGCUAGCGUUAUACAACUAGUUGGAAAACUUUGCACCAUGAUCUAGAACAGGUGUUAAUUUACAUCGGUAAAUUGCUUUGGUGCCAAGAAAGUAAAAAGCAAAGUGGCUACUAUCUGGUCUCUUAACUACCCCAGUUUGUAAGUUAAAAUAAAAGCCUUUAUAAAUUAAAAAUAAAAGCGUAAUUGCCUAUACCCUUUUUACCUUAAGCCAGCUGUUAUAUAUUUAUAUAUCUUCUAUGUGUAUAAGCACUAUGCAUCAUCUAAGCAAUGUGCCUAUUGUAUUUUCUCUGAAUAACAAUUUUUUUUUAUAUUCAUAAUUUCCAACUCUGGCUGACCGUUUAGUUUCAUUUAAUUUGUUUUUCGGUUUUGUUUUGUUUUGCUGCUAUAGUUGUAAUAAAUAAUAUAUCGUUGAAGCCGUUAAGCACUAUGCAUUUUCCAGUCAUGAUUCAUGAGAUCAUAAUUUCAGGACUCAAAACCAGCAUCUUAAAAACAGUAUUUUUUCUUGCUACAAAUUAUUAAGGUAAAUAGCAUUUUGUAGAAGUUGCUUUACUUUUAUACGUGUAUGUGCAUAUUGUAUCAUCUAAAAUACAUUUCUCGGUACAAAAUAGUAGAUAAAACUGUAAGUGAUUAACCAUGCUUGUUGGGAAUCAGACUACCUGGGUUUAGGUCCUGACUUGAUAUAACUAGCUCUAUGAAUUUAGGCAGGUGACUUUACUUGUAUACGGAUGUUUCCUCACUUGUAAAAUGAAGUCAUGAUGCUCAUGUUAUGUGUAGUAAUGUGAUAAUGUGAUAUUGGAACUAUAUAUAAAGUUCUUGGUACAAUGCCUGGUUUGGAGGAUUUUAGCUGUUAACUUUGUUCCUUAAUUUUUAAAAUUUGUUUUGUUGUUGUUUUUGUUUAUUUAUUUAUUUUGAGACAGCAUGAGCAGGGGAGGAGCAGAGAGAGGGAGAGAAAGAGAAUCCUAGUCAGUGUCUGCACUGUCUGCACAGAGCCUGCGCUCUGUCAUGCAUGGUGACUUGGGGUAGGCUCACUUUGUGGCUUUUUUCAUUCUGUUGUAUUGGAAUUUGCAUUUACUUCAUCUACGAGAAUAUAAUUGGUCCUUGAAAGCA